AUGGAGCCCACAUUGCUGCUGUUGUUGGUACUGACCAACCUUGUCCAGACCCACCACCUGUGCCGGCCAACCAACGCCACCAUCUCUGCCGAGAAGGACGGUUGCCCCUUCUGUGUCAGCCUGACCACCACCGUCUGCAGUGGCUACUGCCCCACCAAGGAGUCGGUGUACAAGAGCCCGUUGCUGUCCGUGUACCAGCAUGUGUGCACGUACAAGGCACUUCGCUACGAGAGUAUUCGACUGCCGGGCUGCGGAGUCCGGGUGGAGCCCACCUACACCUACCCAGUGGCUCUCAGCUGUGGGUGCAACCUGUGUAAGAUGCACAACACUGACUGCAGCAGGCAGAGCAUCAUGCCCGACUUCUGCAGCUCACGCAGGCUGCUGCUCUAAAGCUGCACGGGUGGAUCUCUCCGCACUCCGGCCA